UCCAUGGCCACAACAGCAGGCGCUCCCGCCGCCCCCGCCGCAGAUUCAGUCCUCUAUCUCGACCCGACAUCGUCAAGUCUCGUCAACAUAUCAUGUUUCGACCUACUGCUCAUCGAACUCGUCCCGCUGGCCGAGCGGAUGGCCCGAUCGUUUGAAGCGUCGCUUGACAAGCGUCCUGCUCCUCCACAUCCUUCAUCAUCUUCUUCUCUCUCGAACGCACAGCCCACUUCUACAUCAAGCGACACCGCAACCACACCCGCACCCACACCGGCCGACGAAACACCCACAGCAGGAGGAGGAUCAGGAGGACGGGAAACCAAAAGCGCUACCGGUGGGAGCGCAACCCCAAGUGCAAACGGAAUCUCUGGAAGCGGACAAGGUGGCAAUGGCAGCCUCCUUCCACUGGCAGCAGACGGUCUCCCAGAAACAGAUAUCUUCAAGGACGGUGUAUACGUACGUCUCGAAAGGUUAGGAUUCCGUGUUGGCCAGGGACUGAGCGAACGGUUCUCGCGUGACAGACCUCGGUUUACGGAUCAGUUGGACGUGAUCAAGUUCCUCUGCAAGGAUCUGUGGACCGUCGUAUUCAAGAAGCAGAUUGACAAUUUGAAAACGAAUCAUCGGGGCGUCUUUGUCCUUACCGAUACCAGGUUUCGACCAUUUGCGCGCAUGAGCAUGGCAAAUCCGGCCGAGGCGAUCGUGCGGGCACAACCACAUCUCUUCUUCCCCUGCGGCAUCAUUCGAGGCGUCUUGUCCAGCUUGGGCAUCAAGGCUACCGUUCAGGCCGAGACCACUGAACUCCCAUCCGCGACGUUUCAGAUCAAAACAAUUCCGGCAAAGUGA